CUUUUCCCCCCUUCCAGUCCGGACACUUUUCCCCCCUUCCAGUCCGGACACUUUUCACCCCCUUCCAGUCCGGACACUUCCCCCCCUUCCAGUCCGGACACUUUCACCCCCCUUCCAGUCCGGACACUUUCCCCCCCCCUUCCAGUCCGGACACUUUCCCCCCCUUCCAGUCCGGACACUUUCCCCCCCCCUUCCAGUCCGGACACUUUCCCCCCCUUCCAGUCCGGACACUUUCCCCCCCCCUUCCAGUCCGGACACUUUCACCCCCUUCCAUCCAGACACUUUCCCCCCCUUCCAGUCCGGACACUUUCCCCCCCUUCCAGUCCGGACACUUUCCCCCCCUUCCAGUCCGGACACUUUCCCCCCCUUCCA